AUAUGCCAAGAAUAAAGAAAUUCAAAAUUUUAUAGAGAUCACAGUCCAUAUUUAUUCAGAUUAUCAUAUGCUUUCAUGGAAGUAAAAUUUGAUGAAAAGUCUCAAUAAUUCUAAAAUGUCAAGCGGUUUAUUCUCUUUCAAUACUUCAUUUGAUUUCAGCGGAAUUCAAGAAAGUUACAAUCUUCAAGAUUAUGAGAAAGAGGCUGCUUUUAUGAAAGGCAAACAGCACCAUUUAUUUGGAAUCCAAGAAAUUGGAGAGGAUCUUGACAAUGAUCCUCUUUCUCCUGAGUAUGGUCUUUAUCAAGAGAAUGUAGCAAAGAAGCCUAAAGAUCAUGGAGAACAACAGCAACAGCUGGGACAAGCAACCAAAUUAGAUUAUUUGGAUGAACUCAAUUUCAGUUCUGUUUUCUCAACAAAUAUAGCAUUCCAAGAAGAACACAUACAAGACAAGAGUCAAGAACUUGUCAAAACCAUCAAGGAGAUGCCGUCUUCAUUUCAGUUGCCAUCUCUGGAACUCCUAAGUAAUUAUGGAAACGGAUUCAAGAAAUUGAAAUUGAGCAAAUCCAGCGGCACUGGUGAUGAAACUAAAGCUCGUGGCCCGAAGAAACUUUCAACAGAGGAAAUCAUGAGAGUAGCUGGAGCAAGAUAUGUACAAUUUUCUGACCUAAGGUACGAUGAUUUUUGCAUGGUUAUGCAUCCAUUUGGUCAUGCUCUCUCCGGCUUGUCCGAUGACGAGACAAAAGAUGUGGAGCUUGUGCAUCUGCUUCUGGCAGCGGCUGAGAAAGUAGGCUAUGAACAAUUUGAACGUGCUAGCAGAUUGCUUUCUCGUUGUGAAUGGAUUGCAUCCGAGAGAGGCAAUCCGGUCCAGAGAAUCGUCUACUAUUUUGCCGAAGCUCUUCGAGAGAGGAUUGAUAAAGGAACAGGAAGCAUCAUAACAAAGGAAUUGGAGGCAAAGGUGGAGAAUGAAGUUGCUCAAGGGUUGGGUACUAACGUUACAACAGUCACAGCUCACCAGUACCUUCCAUUUUUCCAAGUAAUGCAAUUCACAGGACUACAAGCCAUUAUAGAGAAUGUUGCAUCGGCUAGUAAGAUCCAUAUAAUCGAUCUCCAAAUCAGGAGUGGAGUUCAAUGGACGGGCCUGAUGCAAGCUCUGGCAGAACGAGAACAACGCCGCGUUGAGCUUCUCAAGAUAACAGCGGUAGGACUUGUGGGCAGUCAGAAGAUAGAAGAGUCUGCAAAGAGGUUGGAAAGCGUAGCUGCAUCAUUAAAUUUGCCCUUUUCAUUUAAUGUAGUGUAUGUUGAAGACAUCAAAAAUAUCAAGGAAGGACUAUUCAAAAUCAGAAGCGAUGAAACUUUGGCUCUGUACUGUCCAUUGGUGCUUAGAACAAUGAUUUCAAGGCCUAGUUGCCUGGAAAAUUUAAUGCGAGUGAUGAAAAAUCUGAACCCUGCUAUAAUGGUGGUCAUUGAAGUCGAAGCAAACCACAAUUCUCCCUCGUUUGUAAGUCGCUUCAUUGAAGCACUGUUCUUUUACAGCGCCUUCUUUGAUUGCCUGGACACCUGCCUGGGACAUGAUGUUGAGUUGAGAACGGGGGUUGAAUCUAUAUUAUGCGACUCAAUCCGAAACAUUGUAGCAUUAGAGGGCAACGAGAGGAUAAGUAGAAGUGUGAAGAUGGAGGUGUGGUCGGCAUUCUUUGCAAGGUUUAGAAUGGUGGAAUUGGAGUUCAGCGACUCGUCCUUGUACCAAGCUAAUUUAGUAAUCAAACAGUUUCCUUGUGCUAGUUCUUGCACACUUGACAGGAUUGGGAAGAGUGUGAUUGUUGGAUGGAAGGGAACUCCAAUUCAUUCCGUUUCAGCCUGGAAGUUUUCUAGAGAUAGAGGGAGGGUAUUUGGAAACUAUAGGUUCUAGUCUGAAAUUAUUAGCU